AUGCGAAUGAUUGCCUACUGGGUACCGAUCCCGUUUGUGCUGCAACUAUUCCAAUUCAUUUCUUUGAAACCUGUUGAUGGCGAAGACGAGAGAAAGUGCGCUUUGAAAGAGGCUAACUAUCAGAUAAUCGCUCAGGCCGUUGAUACGAUACUGUGUUACCUACUGCCAUGUUUAACGAUCGUUAUUCUAAAUAUUCUCGUUGUUCUGAAGAUUAGGCGAUCAACGUUCCUCAACACGAAAAACCGAAGUAAUUCACGGCGGCAAGGCGGUCAGACAGCACAGUCUGGUUCACUAACCCGAAUUCUUUGGGUGAUGCCGUUGGUAUUCGUCGUGUUAAACACCCCCUUCUAUGUGAUUAUGAUGAUCGAGGUGUUCUCCCAAGUCGUCUAUCAUUCCCCACCCGAAUUCACGCAUCGAUCUCACGUUUUUGUGAUUGUGUAUAACACAGCUCAUUACUUAUACUAUAUAAAUACGGCGAUAGACGUGGGUCUAUGCAUUUCUUCUAGUGCAAAUUUCCGGAAAACAGCAGUGAUAGCAUGGAAACAAAUAUUAUGCCCCGGCUAUGCAGAGAAGCAUAAGCAUAAGUUAUUGGUCACUGAUCAGACCAAAGCAUAUCGAAUGAGUAUCACUCCGAGAAGCGGGCGAGACUGUGAACGAAGCGACACGUCGUUAAUCCGUGAAGAUCCUUUGGUGAAUACGCAAGUUCAAUACGAUGCAACGGAUAUGUGA